CAAUAUAAAUCCAAAUAAAAGUUGGAAAAUUAAGACAAAAUUACGCAUGAACCAACAUGAUUGUCACAUCUGGUGUGGAUAGCACUGUUUCCUUAGGCACUGUUGAGGUCACAACACUCUUGGGCGUAUUUUUUGGGGUACUAGUGCUAUUGCUCCUGCUUUUUCUGUACAUAAGUCGCAGAUGUUGUUUUCAUCACCGCCAUGGCAUCAAUUGCUGUGACGAGCGACACCUGGCGGCCAAAUGUGUGCAAAAGAUCACUCGAAAACGGCGUUAUGAGAACACUAGUUCCGAUUCCGAGGAGGAUAUGCUGCGCCGCCUGCGUUGGCAUCAGCAGAAUAACAACCUUUUGCCCAAUGGUCAAAAUGGUGGCAAUGGCAAAUUUGUUGGCUAUGGCAUGGGCAUCGAUCAAAUGAAUCCGCUGACAGGACUCGGACACACCUUCAAUUAUCAUCAUCAUCAUCAGGGUGACCUGCAAAGAGUCGUCACUGUGACCCGUGACCCUUUGGCCACUGCCGAGAGGGGCAAGGUCGGCAUACCAUCCUCGCACAGUGAGUGCAGCUCCAAUGAUUCCAUUGAGGCGUCUGUGGACAGUCACACGGGCAUUCUGACGGCAGGCGAAAGAGACAGCAGAGGUUUGUAUAAAUAAUUAAUUGACUCAAAUUCAAGUUGAUUCCGUGGAUUUACCAAUUAUUCACCAAUUACAGCUGGAACUGUGAGAAACAUUUACAACAAGUCACAACGUUACCAGCAUAAAGUUGACGUCUUGCCACAAAAGCUGGAAAAGGACAGGGAUAGCGUGGUCGUAGUGCCCAUUACAACAUUUAGUAAUAAUAACAAUACUAACAACAACAAUAAUAACAGCACUACAAAUAAUAAUAACAAUACCACAAACAACAACAACGAUGAUGAACCACUUUUUGAUACAAGCGACUUGCGUUCCAUAAAGUCGGAUGAUAUUCUCGUUACCGAUUCAAAGAUCACAGCUCCACGUGGACCUAUCGAGUUGGAGAUGUCAUUGCUCUACGAUGCUCCAAUGCGAAAGAUGACGGUGCAUGUGAUGCAGGCAAGAUGUCUGCCGCCUCUGGGAAAUGGUCAGCAGACGCACACACAGGUGCGUAUGUUAAUGCUGCCGAAUAAGAAGCAGAAGCACAAGACCAAGAUUCGGAGUGGUGAGAAUCCGCAGUAUAUGGAGAGCUUUCUGCUGCAUCGUGUCAAUCCCGAGGAUGUCAACAACAUGGGACUCCGUGUCCGUCUCUACGGCUGCGAACGUCUGCGCAAGGAACGCCUCAUUGGAGAGGCGUACGUGAGUUUUGCCACCGUCGAUUUGGAGCUGGAGACGAAUCUGUGGCUGCCGCUGGAGCCGCGUAAUACAUCAUCGCUAUUGGGCUCGACCAGCGAUCUGUUGAGCUUGGCCAGAUCGGACAGUGCCGGCUCCACAUCCUCCAUGCAACAUGGAGGCGUUUCGGAGCUGCUUCUCGGUCUGAGCUACAAUGGAGUCACGGGUCGACUGAGUGUCGAAAUCAUCAAGGGUAGCCAGUUUCGUAGUCUGACUUUAAAUAAGGCGCCCGACACAUAUGUGAAGAUGUGUAUGGUCAGCAGCAUUGGCCAGGAGAUUUCCAGGGCCAAAACAUCGAUACGUCGCGGUCCCAAUCCGCUGUUCAAGGAGACAUUUGCAUUCCAGGUGGCGCUGUUCCAGCUAAACGAUGUCACACUCAUGAUCUCCGUGUAUGCCAAACGGCAUAUGAAAAAGAAUGAGAUGGUCGGCUGGUUUAGCAUGGGAUUAAACUCAUCGGGGCCGGAGGAGUGUGCUCAUUGGACGGAUGUCUGUGAGAUGCCAAAGGGUGAGAUUCUGGCACGUUGGCAUGUCCUUGUGGAUUCCUGAUUCGAGCAGUUGGGACAGUCCUCAGGACGCAGCAGUAAAGCCUUUAAGAAACUAAGCUUUGCUGCGUUCAAGGACAGGUCCAAAGAGAAGACGCCCAAGGAGAAGGAUAGGGAUAAGGACAAGGAUAAGGAUUCAAAUGGCACUCAAUUUCCUGCCGACAAUGCGGUUGCAGUUGAUAUUGAUAUUGAGCCCGGCUUGGAGCUGGAUUUUGUCUAGAAUUGAUCUACAUUGGUCUAUUUUUUAUUGGAACACCAAUUGAUGUGUACUUUUUGCAUAAUCUGGAUAACUAUUUAACCAGAUUUCGAGCCCACUUGCGGGCUCAAAAAAAAAAACAAAAACUUUGUAAUUUGGAAGAAAAAAAAACAAAAAACAAAAAACAAAAUUUGGCACACACACAUUUUAUGAUAUUAAAAUGUGUGUAGAAAACUACAAAGAAAUACAAUUAACUAGUAUUAUUAAACUUUUAUACGCAAAAUGCAAAAUGCAUAACUUAUUACUCAAGUUUGAACUUUAUAAUUGUUUGUGAUAAAGCAUAUAUGAUAAUGGCUAAAAGAGAGAGAGAGAGAGAGGGAGACGUGGAAAAGGAGGACAUGUCAACAUUUUUGUAAUUAAUAUUUCUCUGCAAAACUCAACAAAAAAAGAAAAAAAAAACAUUUAACCGCAAAGGUUUUGAUGGUCCGUUCCCAAUGGACUAGCACUUUUUAUUACCAUAAAUAAGAAUUUCCAAAAUCAAAUAAUUAUUAGCAUUGUUAACCAUGUUUGGUCAGAAUAUUUGAAUGUGCAAAAUACGUUAAAUAAACGAACAAUAAACUU